AUGAACUGCCCUUCGCGCAACGACGACAUCACGCUGGAGCAUCCAGACUGGAACCAGAACCCGCCCUUCUUGUCUGCCGACCUCACCACCUGUGAGGAUCUGAACGGCAUUGCCAACGCCCGCGAGCAACGCAGGGCCCGGGGCGGCGCCGGCGAUGGAUCCGACGGCCGGGGUGACGACAUGAAUUACCAGACGUUGCCACGUCUGCAGCCCGAUCGGAGGCUACGCGUUUCGGGAGGGUGGGAACACGGUUUCCAUCCCCGAAACAAAAAGGUGCAUGGUGGUGAUGACCAUACACCUCUCCUUUGGGCCUCUGCGCCCGCCCGCUCCGCCCUCUGGGGCUGGGUGAGCUGGAUCAUGUCCGUCAUUGGCUGCUCAGCCAUCAUCUCUGCCCUCAAGAGCCCCGAGGCUGUCGCGUCUUUCCUUGUCGCGACCAAAGAAACUACUCAUUCCAUCACCAAGCGUCACGCCCACACCCACGACCACGAUCGCAUUACUGCUCGCUCAACCUGCCCGACCGGCGGCCUCGGCGACGAAGAUGCCUACAACACGCCCCUCCACGUCGGCGCCCUCUUCAUCAUCCUCGCAACCUCCUUCCUCGCCUGCGCCUUCCCGCUCAUCGCCAAGAGUAUUCCCGCCAUCCGAAUCCCCCGCCCCUUCUUCUUCGCUGUCCGCCACUUCGGUACCGGCGUCCUCCUCGCCACCGCCUUCGUUCACCUCCUUCCGACGGCCUUCACCCUUCUCGGCAACCCAUGCCUGAGCUCCUUCUGGGUCGAGGAUUACCCCGCCAUGCCGGGAGCCAUCGCCCUGGCCGGCAUCUUCCUCGUCACCAUCAUCGAGAUGGUCUUUUCCCCUGCCCGCCAGAUGUGCUGCCGACCCGAUGAUGCCGUACUCGCCCCGAACCAACCCGAGGCUGGCGAUGAAACCGAUCAGGGGCAGCAACAGCAGCGCGUUGAGAAGCGCGUCAUCGUUGACGAGGAGAACCGCGCCGUGCAAGUCAACUCCAACGGCGGCAUCGUCCUGACCCCCGCACAGCAGCACCAAAAGGACAUCCUCCAGUGCAUGAUGCUCGAAGUCGGUAUCCUCUUCCACUCUGUCUUCAUCGGCAUGACCCUCUCCGUCUCCGUCGGCCACGAGUUCGUCAUCCUCCUCAUCGCAAUCGCCUUCCAUCAGACCUUUGAAGGUCUCGCCCUCGGCUCCCGCAUCGCAAACAUUGACUGGCCCCAGGGCAGCCUCCAGCCCUGGAUGAUGGCCCUUGCCUACGGCUGCACCACGCCCAUCGGCCAGGCCAUCGGUCUCGCGACUCACCGACUCUACAGCCCGGACUCGGAGUUUGGCCUCAUCCUCGUCGGCACCAUGAAUGCCAUCUCGUCUGGGUUGCUCGUCUUUGCCGCAUUGAUUGAGCUUCUGGCUGAGGAUUUCCUUUCCGACGAGAGCUGGCGUGUCCUGAGGGGCUCGAAGCGCGUCUGGGCUUGCGUGCUCGUCUUCUUUGGCGCCUUUGGCAUGAGUCUUGUCGGAGCGUGGGCCUAG